CUUUUUAUACUUAAGUCUGAUGCUCAGUCGGCAGCAAGUCAACAUGGAGGUCACAGCUCUCUGCGUCACACUGUUGGUGACUGUGUUUCUGCAGCUCGGUGCACAUGCUCAGAGAGUUGAUGAAGGUUUCUGGAUCAUUCCAACCAGACUGCAGCUCUUUGAAUAUGAGCCUGUCUCCUUCAAAUGCAUCGGCUUUGAUGGCUCGACUGGGUGGAACAUUUCAAGGAAGGGCAAAACAGGAAUUUCGACUUGUGGUGUUUCCAAGUGGGGGACGUUGAUCGAGUCAUCCUGCACCAUAAGAGGUGCUUUUCAAGAUGACAGUGGAGAGUACUGGUGCGAGGCUGGAGGGGGGAAAAGAAGCAACUCUUUGAACGUCAUCAUCAGCGCUGGUUCAGUGAUCCUGGAGAGUCCUGUUAGUCCUGUGAAGGAGGGAGAUGAUGUCACUCUGAGCUGUAGAAACAAGACGACCUCCUCAACCCUCACAGCUGAUUUCUAUAAAGAUGGCCACUCCAUCGGGAGCAGUUCUACAGGAAAUGUGACCAUCAACAGUGUUUCUAAGUCUGAUGAAGGACUCUACAGGUGCAGAAUCUCUGGAGCUGGAGAGUCACCUGAGAGCUGGCUGACUGUCAGAGCACCUCACGCAGAGACUCAUCCCUCGUCAGAUCACACGAUCCUCAUCUUCAGAAACAUUAUCCCUCUUGUGCUGAUGGCUCCGCUGCUGCUGCUGCUACUGGCACUUCUUCACGGUGGGAAACUCAGAGGCAAACAACAAAACCUCAGGUCCACGCAGAAUACAAUACAAGAGGCUGAAUGA